AUGGAAAAAGGGAAUAUCGGUUUCAAUAAUUCUAUUAGUGACAAAAAAAAUAUAUUGUUAAAUGGAGGAAAUGACGUAAGUAAUAAUUUAUCAUAUUUAAAUUAUCAUGUGAAUAACAAUUUAAAUUUAUCUCAAAAUAUGAAUGUGUCGAAUGAAAAUAGCACAAAAACUUUAUUACCACAAAUAAAUAUCAACAGUGUGAAUAAUACACAGAAUAAAUCACAGGAAGAAUUAAAAAAUAGUGUAUUUAAUAAUGAGUUACAAAAUAUUAGUCAAAAUGAAAAUAUGACAUUUGAAAAUAAAUUGAACUUUAAUAGUUCAUUAAAAAUAAGAAAGUCUUUAACAGAACAAUUAUGUGAGGAGAUAUCAAUGAAACUGGGUAAAAUCUUUCUGUGCAAGUCCUACUUAGAGACUUUCAUUUAUGAAAAGAAUCCAUAUGUCAUGAAUUUUAUAUAUUUGAAAGAUGAUAAGAGUGAAUCAAAAAACCGUGUGUUGAAUUCUUUACUCUUAGGAUCUUUUUGUAAUUUAUUAUGGAAUGAUAAUAUUUAUACACAUGAAUAUUUAAUUUCUAAAGAAAUUUUAAGCAAAUAUAUUAAAGCUCUAGAAAAAAAUCCAGAUAAAAAUAAUUAUUGUAUAGUACCAAUAUAUGAUAUGGAUAAAAUAAAAAUGAUUUUAUGUGAUCAAGAAAAGCAUAUAAAAAUUCUUAAAAAGAAAAAAUUAACGAUUAAAAAAAAUAAUGAAAAUCUUUUGUUUAUUUUAAAUAUUAUAAAAAAUAAUUUCCAAGAAAUUAAAAUUAAAGCACAAAGAAUUAUUCAAAGAAUUUUAUUUAGACUUGAUAUAUUAGAUAAGCUUUUUAUUUUAAAAAACAAUUCUGUUUUUUUCUCGAACAAAUAUGAAUAUAAUAAAAUUAAAUUAAUAGAAAUAUUAGAUUUCUUUAAUUCAUUUAAUAUAGAUAACCAAUUACAAAAAAUUAAUCAAAAUAUAACUGAUAUAAUUAAAGAAAAGAAAAAUAUACAAAAAUUUAAAUAUUAUGAUAAUGAAUAUACAACUAACUUGAAAAAUGUAUUAGAAAAGAACGAAGAGGAUAUAACACAAUUGAAAAGCACAACAUCCGAAAUAUGUAUGAACCUGGAAGAAAAUAAAGAAUGCCUGUAUCAUUUGAACACAUUCGAAGGAGAAGGAAAUUUUAAUAUUAUGUAA